CCUAGGGAAGUGCCAGUUCCGGGACGUUCAGUGUCUGCCGACAGUGGGGAGGGAGGCGCGCCUCGCUGUGGGCGCGGGUGGAGGGGGCGUCCUGAAGCUCCUACGGUGGCCGCAGAGGGACAGAGCUACGGCGCCCACGCGGGGACAAACGCCGGCGGCGGCGGGGCCCGCGAGCCCCUGGCCCUUCCCGGAGGCUCCAGGCAGGCGCGCGUGAAGGCCGCGCCCUCGGCAUCAUGCGGCAGCCCUGCUGCUGGAGCCCCGAGAGACAGAGGGGACCCCAGACCCGCCGGCCAACGCGGGCAGCCUCCCCCGCGGCGAGGAGCCGCCCCCGGUGAGCCGGCGUGGAUGAAGCCGCAGCGGGGCCCGGCGGGAGGUGACCGCUCUGCUGGGUCCUGGAGCCGAGCCGCGGUUGCGGCCCACGCCUUCCCUGGGACUGAGCCUGGGGCUCUCGGGACUAGGUGCCCAUGCAGCCUAUGCAGACCACCCCCAGGCCGCCGCUGCCAGCUAGUACUGCCUGGGCCCCAAUGCCGGUGAUGCCCAUCCCGCGGCGGGUGCGCUCUUUCCACGGCCCGCACACCACCUGCUUUCACGCAGCCUGCGGGCCGGUGCGCGCCUCACGCCUGGUCCGCACCAAGUACAACAACUUCGACGUGUACAUCCGCGCCCGCUGGCUCUAUGGCUUCAUCCGAUUCCUGCUUUACUUCAGCUGCAGCCUGUUCACCGCCGCGCUGUGGGGCGCCCUGACCGCCCUCUUCUGCCUCCAGUACCUGGGCGUGCGCGUCCUGCUGCGCUUCCAGCUCAAGCUGUCUGUGCUGCUGCUGCUACUGGGCCGCCGGCGAGUGGACUUCCGCCUCCUCAACGAACUGCUGGUCUACGCCAUCCACGUGACCAUGCUGCUGGUCGGGGGCCUGGGCUGGUGCUUCAUGGUCUUUGUGGACAUGUGAGCGCCCGUAACUCCACAGCUCCUUGACUGUAAUGGUGGCAGUCCUGCUGCCUUUCCCUGAAGGGGUAGAUCAGGUCCUUGUGCCUUCUGCCCCCUCCCCACCCAUGCUGCCGCAGAUUUCCCCAGGUACCAGGCCUGGGAAAGGGCUGAGGAUUUUCUGUUGACUCUGCUCUGCCUCUCUCCCACUGCAUUCAGGUCAAUGUUUCCCAUGGCUGUCUGCUCCGGGCUCCUGCUCCCACCUUCUUCCCGUGCUAUGUCAGGAGGUGGGAUGCCCCUUCCCCAUCCAUGCUGUCCCUGAAGAGCUUCAUUGUCCCUGCCCCCUCUCUAGGACCAUAUCUGGUGGUAUUAGAUGCCCCAGGAGAGCGUGUUUCUGCUGACUGGACCCAUUUACUGCCAGGAGCUGUUCACAGUCUCCUCCACCAACACUACCACUUUCUGGCACAGCCCAGACUAUCACCCUAAUGAAGACUGUGGAUCCUACCCAACUAGACUUUUGGGUAAAGUGGAUUUGCUAAGAUACAGCCUGCCUGGUUUAGGGAUGAGGCCAAAGCAGGCCCCAGGUACAGGUCACAGCUGUCUUCAUGCUGGGUGGGCCUGUUGAGAACUUCAAACCAGAUGCUACAAAUCUGUUCAUAAUGUGGAUUUGGAGGGCUGGGGAGGUGGAAGGGAAAGCCUACUUGGUUUUUGGCUCUUUCUUUUGAAGGAAUGCCCAGAAUUGAGACUGAAGUGUCUGGAGUAGAUGUCAGAGGCCUUGGGGUGCUCAGGGAUUCAGUGCAUCCCCCAGAAGUGUAAGUGAACACUUGUCAAAUAUAACUGAGAGCCAGGGUGUGCACCAGGCUGGGCCUCUGCAGCCCCGGCGCCUUGGAUUUUGCCUCAGUGACUGUUGGAAUGGCUCAGGAAUGCCAGGCAGAGGUGGAUGUGACCCCACAGGCAUGGAGGGCAGUCCUCAGGGAGGGCCUCCAGUUACAGAGAACUCACACCAGAGGGCAUCCUUGUACGCAGGCCCCUUAGCCUGGCCAUUCUCAUUAGGGGUGUCCCUGUCAGGUGGGCUGGUUGUGUUGCUUGGUGAUCAUCACAGGUAAAUGAGAAAACCUCUGGGUAAUUAUUCCAGGAUGACAGGGGAGACUCAGCCACCCAAGGGCUGGGCUUGGGCCUACACUGAGGAUGGCAGAUGAACUUGUACAGCUGCUCCUCAUUUGAUCACAUCCCCUGAGCAUGGGCCCUUUUGACCCUGCCUGGCCAGGUGGUGGGUGGCUAGGGGAGCCAGGGGACAGUAAUAGGCUCCUAGAAAAGAAAUCAGGUAGAGUAAGCAAAACAAACACUUGGCUAUAAACCAUGCUCUCUAGUUUGUAGCCAGAGUCUGAUCCACGAGCCUAGCUAUGAGGGGCAGGGGGACCGCAGGCCUUUCCCAUUUCCUGGGCUGGAAGAGCCUGGCCCCCAUUUCUCUGCUACAAAGCUUCUCUUGCACUAAACCACGCUGUUUCCUGAUAGCUUUGUCUUGCAUUACUAAGCUCAGAGUCCCCAAAGCCCCCCUACUAGAGGCGGGCACAAAUCCUGGCGUGGGGGCAGCAAGAAGGGUCUGGCUGUGCCACCUGGAAGGUAGGCAGUGUAAGGAGCUGACAUGCCCAACAUGCUGCUGCCCUUUGUUGCGAGUGCCUGUCCCCAGCUUUAUGAAAUGAGCCACCUGCAUUAAACUUAUUUUUUUAACA